AGGUCAAAGUUUCCGGUACGAGUAUCCGUUUGAUUAAAAAAGUGAGGUCAAAAUUUGACUUAUAAAUAACAACAUCUGAUACCUAUAUUUUUAUUUUCAAUUUUUAUUAAUUAUUUAUUACUAUCACAAUGUCUUUUAAUGAUAUUUCUGACUGGAUUGCGAAGCCAAACGUGUGUAGAUGUUGUUUAUCCACCAGUGGUGUGUGGGAUAUUACUGCAGUUUACAUAACAGAUACGGGAACUAAAGAAGUUUUUGCAGAUGUACUACGAAAUUGUUUAGGUAUAACUCUAUCACAUAUAAAUGACCUGAGCGUCAGUAAGCUGGUGUGUGAGAUCUGUGUGAACCAGCUCCGGAGCACUUCGAAUUUUCACAGACAGGUGUUACAAGCUGAUAAGUGCUUCUCAAAGUAUUGUAAUAACAAAAAAGAUACUAAUAGCAAGCUAAGUUUAGAGAAUAGUGGUAAAGACGGAAAGAAGAUAGUUUAUGAGAAGAAAAUAAAACAAAAACAUACAAACUGUGUCAAUGAUUACGACUCAGACACACCUAUUGCAAAACUUAAAAAUUCCUUAUACAAUAAUAAUGGAAUUGUAAACUCAGAUUCUGAGAUUUUUGAUUUUGAAUUAACAGAAAAUAUACAAAAACAAUGUGAUGUGAAGAUCAAUAAGUUAAAAAUAGAGCGAACAGCUGUAAAACGAAGAAAAAAUACCAAACAAAUAUCCGAACGCAGAAGAGUAAUAAUGACCUGUGACACAGUUUUACAAGAAACCACAGCUUGCCCCUUUCGUCAUCACAAGAGCUGGUUCCAGUGCUUUUUCUGCUCUCAGGAUUUCAUGGAAAUCGAUGCUUUAAGGAAACAUACCCUUCAAUCUCAUCCAGACAUAGAGAAAGAAUUAAAAAAAAUAAAGCGUUACCCACGUUCCCUCCAAAUCGAUAUUUCGAAUUUGGAAUGUCGCAGCUGUCAAUUGAGUUUGACAGAUGUCGAAAAUAUGAAACGGCACCUCGUCGAGAAACAUAAUAAAAUUAUAUAUAAAGAGUGCAUAGCCGAUUAUAAAAUAAACGCCAGUCCGUACACCUGUCACUUAUGUAGGCGGCAGUUCCACGUAUUUAGGACUUUAACUACACAUUUAAAUGAACACUACGCGAAUUGUAUUUGCGAUGUUUGUGGAAAAUCCUUCCUUAACUCCAAGCGCCUUAAGGUUCAUAAACGUACACAUGAAGACGGCACCUACCCUUGUGACCAAUGUGGGAAGAUCUUAAAAACUAAAAUUUCGAAAGAUAAUCAUAUGGAAAGCGCGCAUUCCAAACGUAUUAUUAAAUGUCAAAUAUGUCUAAAACCCAUGAAACAUUAUAAUGAUCGGGUAAAACAUAUGUCCGAAGUACAUAAUAUAACUCAUAAAUUCAAAUGUCCUAUAUGUAGUAGGGAGUAUAAUAUUAAACAUUAUUUAGCGACGCAUAUUCGUCAGACUCAUGGUCACAAAAAUAAAAAGUGCUUGGAUUGUGGUAUGGCGUUUAUUACUAAUCAUGGGUUGAAGAAACACAUGUCUAAACACACGGGGGAGAGGCCGUUUUCUUGUAAUGUUUGUUGUAAGUCGUAUGCAAGGAGUUAUACUUUGAGGGAGCAUAUGCGUGCUCAUGAAAAUGAUAAGGUAGUUGGAGCGUCUUAAAUUCAAAAUGACAAAAAAAUUACGACUACAUUGGUGAAAACUUUUAGAUACACCGCUUGGAUAUUAAUCAUGCGCCCGAUGCGGCUGAUGGUAUGCAGUAAUCGUAGUCUAAAAAUAUUUACAACGAC